AUGGCGACCACCAUGUCGGCGCCUGCGCAUGACCUCUACAUCCACGAUGGAGAACUAAUACCUCACCAUUCGCGUGAUAACUCAAGAGAUUCGGGGAUAUUUCAUACUACAAAAGGUCUUUGGAACGCGCCAGGGCAGAACAAUUGCUUCUUGAACAGUGCUGUACAGGAAGCAAGUAGAAAGCAUUUGAUUUUGGAACAGAGCGAGAGAGAGGUCACGUUCAGGUAA